UCCCCUCCCCUUCAUUUCUAUAUACACUGUUUUGAAAUUGUGAGUAUCCAUUUCAUCUUCAGAGGUUGAAGAAGGAAGAGAGAAAUUUGAGAGCCAACAAGAAAUGAAUGGUUCUAUUUCUCUCUGUAUUUUGCUAUCCAUUUUGAUUCUUUCUCCGCCUUCCUCUUCUGCUGGAAUCCUCGAUGAUCCUCGUCUUCCGCCUUCCGAUUUUCCUUCCGCUCAGGCCGAGAAGCUGAUCAGAGAGCUCAAUUUGUUUCCUAAAUCCGAUGCCAAUAUCAUCCAUAGGAAUAUCGAAAAUUCCUCUCUGAUUGCCGCCGGAGCGAAGAAAAUCGUUGAGAGGCAGUUGAGAUUCCCUCUCUUUGAUGAUUCUGGGGUUUCCUUGGAGGAAUUGGGCCAUCGUGCUGGAUAUUACAAGAUCGAGCAUUCUCAUGCUGCGAGGUUGUUCUACUUUUUCUUUGAGUCCCGGAACAGCAAGUCAGAUCCUGUUGUUAUCUGGUUAACUGGAGGCCCAGGAUGCAGUAGUGAAUUGGCUAUGUUUUACGAAAAUGGUCCUUUUAAAAUUACUAAUAACUUGUCUCUUGUUUGGAAUGAAUAUGGUUGGGAUAAGGUAUCAAAUCUUCUGUAUGUAGACCAACCGGUUGGGACUGGUUUUAGCUAUAGUUCUGAUAGACAAGAUAUUCGUCAUGAUGAAAAUGGUGUUAGCAAUGACCUUUAUGACUUUUUACAGGCUUUCUUUGACGAACAUCCUGACCUUGUUGAGAAUGACUUCUUCAUAACCGGAGAAUCUUAUGCUGGGCAUUAUAUUCCUGCUUUGGCUUCUCGGAUUCAUCAGGGAAACAAAGCUAAAGAAGGAACUCAUAUAAACCUUAAAGGAUUUGCUAUUGGCAAUGGGCUUACUGAUCCUGCAAUCCAAUACAAAACUUACCCAGAUUAUGCAUUGGACAUGGGCAUAAUUACGAAGUCUCAACAUCGUCAUAUUAAUUUGUUGGUACCACCAUGUGAACUGGCAAUUGGUGCUUGUGGUACUGAUGGCACACUUUCUUGCAUGGCUUCUUAUUAUGUUUGCAACGCCAUAUUUACCAGCAUUAUGCUCCAUGCCGGUGAUAUGAAUCAUUAUGACAUUAGGAAAAAAUGUGAAGGGAGCCUUUGCUACGACUUCUCAGAUAUGGAGAAAUUCUUGAACCAGCAAUCUGUUAGGGAAGCCCUUGGGGUUGGGGAUAUAGAAUUUGUUUCAUGCAGUCCUACUGUUUAUAGGGCUAUGCUGGUGGACUGGAUGAGGAAUGCCGAAGUGGGUAUACCUGCUCUACUCGAGGAUGGGAUCAAGAUGCUUGUAUAUGCUGGCGAAUAUGAUCUGAUCUGCAAUUGGCUAGGCAAUUCAAGAUGGGUACAUGCAAUGCAAUGGCCCGGUAAGGAGGAGUUCGUGGCUUCUCCUAAGGUCCCCUUCUUGGUUGAUGGUUCAGAAGCAGGAUUGCUUAAAAGACAUGGCCCCCUCAGUUUUCUCAAGGUUCAUGAUGCGGGGCACAUGGUCCCCAUGGAUCAGCCCAGAGCUGCAUUAGAGAUGCUGAAGAGGUGGACUCGGGGCACACUCUAUGAAGAAUCAUCUGAUCCGCAAACCUUGGUCGCGGAUAUGUGAUUCGGGCAAAACCAUACAGCAGUGUCCUAUAGUGAACAUUUGUUAUCCCAAGUAUGUAGAUAUCUCCGUAUCUUUGGGAUAUGUUUAAAUCUUAUGUCCACGCAGUUUUAAUCUUUAUAUGAAAACUGAAUAGCUUUCGAUCUUU